UUUGAUUUCGCUCUUUAACAUUUGGAGGCCCCAGCGAGAUAUCCUCAGACGGAGGCUCCUGAGGACACCCCAUCCUGGGUCCGGAUCCUAGGAAAAACCUUGGAAGCUUUUGCCCGGCGCCGGCCUUGCAGGUGGUGCGAGGAAAAGCCAGAGCCGCCGUCCGGGACGAAAAGCCUGGGACCCGGAGGGAGGAAAGCCGAGGCCAAGUCCCCUUGUUCGAGCCUGGUGAUUCCGUACUGGUGAAGAAGCUGCAUCCUGACCAUCUCGAAGCCCGGUGGGAAGGACCAUACACCGUGAUUCUGAGUACGCCAACUGCUGCUAAGGUUGCCGGGAAACGACACUGGAUUCAUCAUACUCGCCUGAAGAAAUUUGUGGCGGACCCCCCGGAAAUAGAGAAUCUGAGGAAAUGGUGUGCCGUAGCCACCCCAGACCCAAUGAAGGUCCGCUUGGUCUCCUGCUAACUUGUGUGUGUGUUUUGCCUGGUGCACUUCUGUUUUACCUCUGCCACUGCCCAAGCUCACAUGCCUCCCACCCCCGAGUGUCCUCUCUGUAUGUAUGGGAGCUGAAAAACAAAGAGGGAAAGAUGGUCGCCAACCAACUAACUGCCGGGCAGCCUAUAUUCACUCUUGAUCUGUGUGAUCUAUUUGAUGCCAACUGGACCAGGGUAAUCUAUGCCGGCCAGACUGCAACCGGAGGGACUACUAUAGAUGGGGGGUGUGGCUCCAUUGACCUGGAGGCUCGCCUUUGGGACAGACCCUAUUAUGUAUGUCCCAAAGAAGACAGCCCCACCAACUGCAGAGGAGAACCAUAUUUUUUCUGUGGGUUGUGGGGGGAAUGUCUGACAGCAUCUCCAGGGAGGGAUGGUGAUAAGCACCUGAAAGUCACAAGAGUGAUUCGACCAGGUGGCCCGACCGAACCAGGUACUUGCUAUAUUGGAGACUGUAACCCUGUGGAGGUGACGGUCAAAACUUGGAAUGAGACUGAUUCAUGGAUGAGAGGGAGAAUGUGGGGCAUUAAGAUUCCUUUUUCUGAAAAGGACUUUGGGACAUUAUUCACUAUUCAACUGCGGAUGCUGCCAUGGACUCAGAAUCCUAUUGGGCCCUUGAGACCCAUCAUUUUAGGAGAAGACCCCCGACCUACUCUCUCCCCCUCUCUACGGAUGGGUGGAGAGAAUGAGACUAAUGGGGAUCAGACUGACAUUGCACCAAGUGGCACUAAACUGACUGACGCAGAACCUUUGCACCCCAGGGUGAAGCCACUAGUGAAAACUGUAGAAUUAAUGUAUUACCUUUUGAAUGAGUCUGACCCUAACAUAACCAGAAACUGCUGGCUGUGUUUACACCCUGAGCCUCCUUAUUACAUAGGUGUGGCUGCCUCUGCAGGAAUAGGUAGCCAGAAGGGAGACAUAAGGAAGCUGGCUCUAUCCUCUAGCAACUCUAAGGGCCCAGAAUGUAAGUGGGGAGUACAGCCCCACAUGACACUGGGAGAUAUCCAGGGAACAGGAACUUGUAUUAUCACAGCCAACUAUAAAUUGGAAUCCUCCCCGUAUAGGGGAAAUUGCAACCUAACCAUUAAAGUUAGUAAGACUCAAGAGUGGGCGACCCUCCUCAAAGCCCCUGAGGGGACUUGGUGGGCCUGUACUUCGGGCAUGACCCCCUGCAUCACCCCCUACGGAAUGACCAAAGAGGACCUCUGUGUUUUGGCCCAUAUCCUGCCCCAUGUAUACUAUUCCCAUGGCGAAGAAGGGUGGGCUCACCUUGAACGGCAAGGAACAGACUACCUCGGACCAAUAAGACGGAAACGUGUCCCGAUAGUAGUUCCUAUACUCGUGGGGACAGCCAUAGCAGGGACAGCGGCAAUGGGAGCUGCAGCCCUAGCUAAGGAGACUACUCUAGUACAGUUAGAUCAGCAGAUCAAUCAAGAUAUGGCCACACUAGAGGGCACUAUUGAAUCUCUCGAAGGGUCCCUAUCUUCGUUGGCCGAGGUGGUCCUGCAAAAUCGUAGGGGACUUGAUUUGUUAUUCAUGAAACAGGGUGGGUUAUGUGUGGCCCUGAAUGAGGCCUGUUGCUUUUAUGCCAACCACUCCGGAAUGGUGAAGAAAACUUUAAGUGAGGUCAAGAAAAGAAUAGAAGAUAGAGAUAACCGUCUAAGGGACCUGAGCGAGGACAGCUGGUUCGCAAAUCUAUUUUCUUGGCCCUCUUGGUUAAAAACACUAAUUAGUUCCCUGGCAGGGCCUCUGAUCACCCUACUUCUACUUCUUACCCUGGGGCCUUGUCUAUGGAGGUCUUUGAUCUCCUUGAUUAAAAGGAGAACUGAGAAGGUUAUGCUCCUGGAGUCUCAGUAUGUCGAGGAGCAAUAUAGCUCAGAAGAAGAAGAAGAAGAAGAAGAAGAUGAAUCAAGGAUUUGAUUCCCAGCUAAGACUAGUGGGGAAUGUUAGAGGCAGUAACUCUAAAAUAGUUAUAGUUGCUUUUUAAGUUUGAGUUUUAAGAAUAGUUUAAAUAUAGUUGCUUUUUGCCUUCCUGACCAGUGAGGUGGAAAA